UUCAGUCUGUUUAUAUUUAAAAACAUUCGGUUCGAACGAGUUCAACAACAAACACGAAAUUACGAAAAACAUUCGACAAUGGCUAACAACCUUGAUAUUAGUGAAGAGCAAAUUGCCGAGUACAGGGAAGCCUUUAUGCUGUUCGAUAAGAACCAAUCGGGUAGGAUCAGCACCCGCGAGCUUGGCAAUCUGAUGCGUUCGCUUGGCGAGAAUCCCACCGAGGUGGAGCUCAGGGAUAUGAUUAAUGAAGUCGACACCAGUGGCGAUGGCGAGAUUGACUUUCAGGAAUUCUGCCAGUUGAUGUCCAGACAGUCGCACGAGAAUGACACAGAGGAGGAGCUGCGCGAGGCAUUCAAAAUAUUUGACAAGGACGAGGAUGGCUUUAUCUCGCCAGCUGAGCUGCGCUUCGUUAUGAUCAAUAUCGGUGAGAAGCUAACCGAUGAGGAGAUCGACGAUAUGAUACGCGAGGCGGACUUUGAUGGCGAUGGCAAAAUCGACUACGAGGAGUUUGUCUACAUGAUAACGCAAAAGUAAUCAUUUUUCUUUUCCUUUCUUUCUUUUCCUGAAAACUUUCACCCAAUUUUGCAAUAGUUCAAAUUAAAGCUGUAAAAACUAA